CCCAUGCAGUUUCCGCCCCCCCCUCCCAUAUGACGUGGUACGUUCUUCCUUCCUGAAUCUCUUCUUCCCGGUGCGCGUCACUUCCGGUGCCCAUCACUGGCUAAUCGCCGGCUGUGCUGAGCUGCAGAGGGGGCUGUGUGUCGGUGAUCUCGCUGCUCGUUCUCCUCUCCCCGGGUCUACCCGCACCCAGCACCCCGCUCCCGCCAGCUCGGUACCUCCCUCCCUCCCUCUCUCUCUGCCGGUCUCAGCAUGGCGGAUUUCGACAUGUUUGACUCAGUCGGUAAUGGGGUGUCCGCCGAGGAGGACCCGGCCGCCGCCUUCCUGGCCCAGCAAGAGAGCGAGAUCGCCGGCAUCGAGAACGACGAGGGAUUCAGCAUCCUGGACAGCGGGGAGCUGCCCGUAUCGGUGGACGGUGCUGUGGGUGAGUGUCCUGUAACAGGCCGGUGUCUGUCUGUCUGUGUGUCUGUGUGUGUGUGUGUGUGUCUGUCUCUGUGUGUGUCUAGUAGGACAUUAACCCCUUCCAUGGAUCCGGCACGGCUUAUAACACAGUCUGACAUGAAGGGAUUAGUAACCACGAUCCCCAGCUCUUGGGUCUAUUAUAUGUAUCUUGCCAUUCCUAUACUGUGACAGCAGUAACCAGCUUGGCUGCCUGGGCUCAGGUUACAUGUCUUUAGGUGAAAGGUCACUGCAAGGUUCCAGGUGUAUCCUCAGACUGUGGGUACCACAGCAGGUAGCUCAGAGCUGUGCUGGGGAGGGGUUUGCUGCAGUUCAUGUAGAGAGCACUCCUGACUAUGAGUUGAUGUCUUUAGAGUGGAAUAACUAUUGUAGUAAGCAGUGUGUGAACAUUUCAAGUCAAGGGGUGAUAAACUCAAAAACUGAAUGUUAUUUUCAUUAUGGUUUUUGCCCAGUGCUAAUAAAAAUACAGCCCUCCCCCAGAUGUCCCAUUGUUGUGCUGUUAAUCACCAGGGUUUGCUAGCAUAUUGCCUUGUUUUCUCAACCAGUCCUAGGGGAUAUGUAGCUAAGCUAUCCGCAUACUGGACAGUGGAUAUUUGAGUGGUUUAUUUAAAGCCCACCCUAGUAAUAUUUGUGUAAGAGCUGAUUGUGGUAUCCAUUCAGCUCUAGCUAAUAUUGAUAUCUCUUGGAAGUAAGGUUUCUUGGAAAUGACUUAAAGGAACAUUAAAGAAUAUAAACCUAUAUUUCUAGCACGGUAGUUCCUAUUUAGUUUAGAGCCCUUACCAUAUGCACCACCAUUUCCAGCUCUGCCUCCCGUAAAGUCAUCCUGGAGGCAUCGCUAUCUCGGUGAUGGUCCAACCCAGUGCUCCUCAUAGAGGUGCUUUAUUUUUUUUAACCCUGCAAAACACAGCAGUGUUUACAUUGAAUGGCUAUAACUACAGGGUCACUGCACUUAAAUUACAACUUUACUUAAAUUAUGUGGUCUGGGUGCGUUUAGUGGUCCUUUUUAAUCCCUGUAAGUGUGAACUAGUAAUAUACUGCAUUUUUGGGGGGUAAAUCCUAAAAUGUCUUUUGAAAUCUUAUUUAUGCUGCUCUCAGAACAGAUUGGGCUGGUUAAUUUGUGAGAAAUAUUAAACAGAAAUGUUUUCGCCUAAAUCUUACUUGUAGUUACUGAGUAAUCAGUCUGCAUGACCCAAGAAUAUGCAAUAAGUAACCAUGUGUUAUUUAAAAUGUAACAGAUUCAUGAAAUAGCCAUGCUAAAAGUGUUCUUCUAAUGGUUUUGAUUAUAUAUUUCAAAUUAAAUUGCCGUAAUUUUGUAAUGCUAGUUUGUGGGGAGAGGAAAGCCUAAUUUUGUUUUUAGUCACUUUUUUAAAUCUUGACUACACAUGUUGCUCAGAAUCUGAUUGGGCCAAUAGACAUAGUUAAUUUUGUUAAACUGGGAAAUAUUUAUUAUUGAAAGUGAAGUAAUUAUUGCCUUUUGCAGAGCAACAAUAUAGUCCUCAGCACUUUACUUUUCUUGAACAGGAAUAUUUAGACCUGAGGAAGGCUCUGCUCAAAUGAGCUUACAAUCUAUGAUGAUUUUGAGGUAGGUGUAGCUAUACAGUUAGGUGUCUUGCCCCAGGACACUUACUUGUGAGUUGGGUAACCUUUUUGUUAUCACUGAUCUAACCAGCUGUUUUACCGUGGCUCAAGAUUAUUUUCACAUUAUAUAUGUGUGUUGUUUUUGUUUUUAAAGCAUUUUAUGUUGAAAGAACAAACUGAUAUUCUUUCACACUUGGAACCUUUUGGUGCAUGGCAUUGUUUUGCAAUUUCAUCACUAUGCGACACAUUAAAACUCACAGUAGGAAGUGAUUAACAGAUUUUACUUGAAGAAACCAGUGGGAAUGUCUGUCUCCCUCUUGCCGCUCCCAAGCUUAAAAGUGAAUCAAGCCUGUGUAUAUGCUUUUGUAUGAAACCAGCCAGACUUGACACUUGAAAAUAAAUAAAUAAAUCCGUGUUAAAUAACCAAAGAUCUAAGGCUUUAGCAUUUUACUUCUUAUUAACUUUUUCUAUGCUCCAAUGCAAAGUUCUAAAAGACAUAAACAGUCAUUUAAUACUAAUAUUUAUAAAUCAUUUCACUGUUGUAGUUGAAAAUGUUGUUUCCAAUAUGUACUUGAGAAGUGGAGAUGCCCUAUGUGCAUUUUUCUUGUUCAAGCACAUAUUUAGUUUUUAGAUAACUUUUUUUUUUUUUGAGACAAAAAAUGGUUCAAGAUGAUUAUGCUGCAAACAUAUGCCACAAGCUGAGAAAUGGUAUUUAUCUUUUAGAGCCAAACACACUAGAAUGGUCUCCACCUCAUUGUGUGGAGAGGGAAAAAAGGAGGGGGGGGGCGGGGGAAACUCUUUAAUUUUUGUUGGCACAUAAUCUUUAUAAAUGUAUAUGUCGUGCAUUCGUUGUCCAUAAUUAGUUAGAAAUACAACAGAAAUAGUCUUGUUUUUAAGUGGCAAUCCAAGCACCAUAACCACUAAAGUCCUGAUGCUAUCCGACCAUAACAUGUCAAACCCUUUAUAGGCAUCCAGCCUUCACAAACCGUAGAGGCUGGAUUUUGCACCAAACUGACAACACUCCACUGUUUGAGAAGACUGGAAGUAGUUUGGUCCCCAUGUAAGUGGCAAACUGUGAUAAAACAUAUGAGGAUGCCGCAGUAACUCUUAUGGUACCAUAAGUUCAACGGUGGGCUUAGUUAUGAGGAUUGGAUUGUUUAAUGUUUCUGUAAUUGCAAAUAUAUUUACUGCUGACAAUUACACUGGCUAGUGGGUUUUCCAAUUGCUUCAACGGUACAUAGCAGAGUCCAGUGUUAAUAUUUAUUUAGUGGAUCUUUUCCAGUGACAUACUACUUAACUAUAAAACUAUACCAACAUAUAAAGAUCUAGCAAACUUAGAAGGAACAAAACUUACAUUGUAUAGCACAGUAACAGUAAAGAAACGGCUCUGUCAUCGUGUGUGGUCUUUGCAUAAUUUACAAUCACCCCCGAUAGUGACUUUGCUGUGUUUCUUGUUACUGCGGGGAAGGUGAGUUAUACUUACCUGAACAUGUUCCUUGCAACACCUGCCAUGCUUUUCUUACCAGUCCUAUUGACCCCAUGACGCUUCAGUUGCCAGGAGUCCACUUCAGCGUUGUACUCUAGCACAUGCAUAGAAGAAAAACACUGUCUAUAGAGUAUCCCACAACACAGCAGGAUCCUCUAUAGACAGAACAUUUUUCUUUCAGAUGUCACUAGUGCCAGCUCCACCUUUUUUCACCAAGUGAAAUUCCAACACCGUCAAUGUAACUAUUUCAUAAUUUAUAUAUUGCUCAUUUUGUUGAUUAAAGCUCCAAUGGAAGCAAUUGUUUGUACUCAGACAAAAGUGAAGUGCAACGGUUGAAUAUAAAUGCUUGGCAGUCUGUAUAAAGAUGUCUUAGUGGAUGGACAUCAACAAUCAUGAUUUCCUAUAUUGCUACACAUUAAAUUAUUGGGCAGAACAAUCAUUAAUCUAUAAAACACACCCGUUUAUUGUUCGUAAAUUAAUAUACAACAUGCACAGCAUCUACAAAAACAUCACCGUGUGUUCCAAAUCAGCCUCACUCCACAUGUUUUGCCAAGACUUCCUCACGGGCUCACUCUGUGCAAACGUACAAUUAAAAUCCUGUUAAAACUACACACAAUAAAUAACCAAAGUGUGUUUGGUUUUUUGUGUGUGUGUGUAUACACACUUGAAACAAAAAAAACAAAAACCCAUUACUCAUGUAUAUGGUUUUGACUCCUUUUUAUAGAGAUUUGGAGUGUUUUGAUUUUGGAAUACCCACUCUUUCUUUUUACUAUAACAUUAAUGAAGUCUUUAAGCAUUAUUAAUGUACUAAACAGGUUUCUUACUCCAUCUAGAAGGUAAACUUGUUUGACCCGGGUCUUCGACACCUUCUGUUCCCGUACAUCCAACUUGCGUUGUUGCAACUACUUGUUUUUUUUUUUUAGUCCAGCUAUUGUACAGCGCUGGGGAAUUUGUUGGCACUUUAUUAAUAACAAAACCUGCUUGUGACUACUUUCUAUUUGGUGAGGAAAAAGCACCCUCAUUGCAUUCAGCUUAUCUUUACAGUACAAGGCUUGUGAGACCAUGCAGAACUGUAUCUUGUCCAUUAUGUGAGGGGCUGGGCUGGAGAACCCCAGUUUUGUUAAAUGGCUCGAAUGUUUGACUUGAAACCAAGGCACGGCAACAAAUCAAUAGGGUGUUAUGGUACAUUAAGCGUAUUUUUUAACAAACAUUGGAAUCAACAUUGCCUUGGAGUUAAAAUGUUAUUUGAGUUAGCACAUUUUUAAAAUACCAGUUGUUUUAGAAACCCUCCACAUGGCAAGUUCUUGGCAUAAUAUGGUUUAUAUAGCCUAAUCUUAUGUGAACACUUCAUAUUUGAGGAUGUCAGACGUAGAACAGUUUUCUGAUUUAUUUCCCAAAUGAAGCUUUCUGACAAAAUGUGCUGAAUCGGCUUUCCGGUGGUGCCCUUUGAACUUUUUUUUUUUUUUCUCACAGGAAUUUCCUCCUCAAAACUCCCCAGUUUCAUUGUUAAUCCUUUCUUGUGCCAUUUUUGCUGAAAUGUGUCGACUUUCAAAGCUGCCUUUUGGGAAAUACUUUAUCUUUGUUUUUAAUUCAGUUUAUUUAGAAAAGUUGAACAAAGUAACAUCAUCAAUCUAUCAACAUGGCAUUAAAAUGUAUGGAAGUGAUGUGAAGAAUCUGCAACAAGCUUUAUGAUGUCUUCUACAAAUAUAUACCUUAUCUCCAGCAGAGAAUAUUCAAAAGUAAUCAGAAUAAAUGAAAACAUUCAACAGAAACUCAAAAAGAAAAGGGUACAGAAACUCUUCUAGACAAGCACUGAGCGCACAUUUAAACUUUCCCAUUAAAUUAUUUGCCAUGGUGCUUCCGUGCCACGGGACAGAGUUUUACUUGGUCAGUGCAGUGGAAGUACCUAUGAUAUAUGAUAUACCUUCAACUGCUCUUGAUAUUCCAAUUUGCUUUUUCACAGUUUAGCCAUGAUCUGUCUUCAACUCCUCUUUAUAAAAAUCUGUCUUCUCCCUCAGUAUAAAAAUCUCUUCUUACACGCACUUCACUCAUCCCCCCCCCAUCCACAUUUACAUAUGCCCCUCUUUAUUACACUCCCAGAAACCCCACAAACCUCAUCACAAUACCCUCCCCUUUAUCCUCACUUACCAACAUUCAGUGUGCACUUUGGAACGCCCGCUCCAUCUGCAGUAAUUUAAAAUCAACAGCCAUACACAACUUUUUCAUCUCAAACUCACUCACACUACUUGCACUUACAGAGACCUGGCUGUCCCCCUCUGAUAGCGCUACUCCCCCGGUCAUCCUAGGCUAUUCAUUGAGCACUUUUCUUCCUGGCUUCCCCACUUACUCUCAUCUAGCACUCCCUUAUACUUGGGGAAUUCAAUAACCCAAUCAACAACCCCAAUUGCACUGAUGCCUCUUGUCUGCUCUCUGUAACCUCCUCCUUUGGCUUUACGCAAUGGUCCAACUUGGCAACCCAUAUAGCGGAAAAGAACUCUUGAUCUCGCCUUCACUAAUCUCUCGACCGCCUCUAAUCUCUCCAAUAUCCUUUUCCUCUAUCGGACCACCAUCUGCUGACUUUUUACAUCAGCAUGCCCAAGACCCAAUUGACACCACUGUCUGAACAUCAAUCUCACAGAAACCUCCAAUGUCUUGACCUAGAGCAUUACUCCACUAAUCUCCAAACUCUCCUUUUACCUAUCUCAAACCUCACCUAUCCGAGCUCUGCAACUUCCUUCUAUAAUUCCACCCUCUCCUCUCAACUAGACAUCAUGGCACCUCCUACAUUUAAACAUAGCAAGCACCCCCAACAACAACCUUGGCACACCAUGCUGACUCGAUACCUCCAAAAAUGCUCCAGAACUGCUGAAUGCUGUUGGAGAAAUUCUCACUGUGCAUCUGACUUUCUCCACUAUAAAUUUAUGCUGUGCUCAUUCAGCGGGGCUCUUUCCUCUGCAAAAGUAAAUUACUUCAAUACCUUCAUAACCACACUCUCCCACGAACCCAAACUACUAUUUCAAACACUUAACUCUCAUCUUCGCCCUAUUGUUUCUCCUCCACCUACUAACUUGACCGCCUCAGACUUUGCAACUCACUUCACUGACAAGAUCUCUACAAUUAGGAAUCUUCUUCCCCUUACAAUACUUCCUCUAACUUCACUCCCUCUGCUGUUCUAUGUUCAUUUGCACCCGCUACAGCGGAAGAGGUUUCUGCUCUGCUCCCUAGAUCCAAUUCCCUUGCAUCUUAUCCGUACUGUCUUCUUCUUUCUCUACCUCUCACUAAAAUCUCUCUCUCCUCUGGCAUAUUUCCAUCACCCUUCAAGCAUGCAUCUAUUACCCCAACUGUAAAGAAACUCAACCUUGACCCUAACUCCCCGUCCUACUACGGUCCUAUCUUGCUACUGCCUUUUGCAUCCAAGAUCCUUGAAAGAGUUGUGUAUGCGAGAUUGACAUACUUCCUCGAGUCUAACUCUGCUAGACCCGCUUCUGUCUGGUUUCCACGUUAAGCAUUCUGUGGAAACGGCACUGACCAAAGUAUUCAGUGAUCUACUCGGUGCAAAAAUCUCGUGGUCACUACUCUAUAUCCUAAUUUUUCUUGACUUUUCUGCGGCUUUUGACACUGAUCAUCCUCCACAACAUCGGUCUACAAGAUAUUGCUCUCUUUCAGUGUUUUUCUCUGGCUCUGCUUCUUCUCCCCAACUCCUCUCUGUUGGUUCUCCCUCCCCCUCCCCCCCCAAGGUUUAGUCCUUGGUUUGCUACUGUUCUGUCUAUACUGCCUCCCUUGGUAAACUCAUUGGCUCCUUUGGCUUCUAAUAUCAUUUCUAUGCAAAUGACACGCAAAAUCUAUAUGUCCUUUCCUGAUCUCUCCCAGUGUCUUUGACUGCCUCUCUGCUAUUUCUAACUGGAUGGCUGCCCACUUCCUUAAACUCAACUUGACUAAAAACUGAAAUUCUGGUCUUUCCUUCCGCAAGUGUUGCUACUUCUGUGUCUGUCUCCCUCCAAGUCAACAGUGCUAACAUCAGCUCCACCAUGCAGGCUCACUGCUUAGGUGCUCUCUUCGACUCCGACCUCUCCUUCACGCCUCAUGUCCAGUGUAUUGCCAAAUCCUGCCUCUUAAAUCUCAAAAACAUUGCGCGCAUCUGACCCUACUUAACGCCAGAUGCGACUAAGGUGCUGGUCCAUUCCACUGUCCUUUCUCACCUUUACUGUAAUCAGCUUCUCGGUGGCCUUACGUGCUACCAACUUGCACCUUUUACAGUCCAUAAGGAAUGCAGUGGCGAGGCUCCUCUCCCUGUCCGCCCGCUCCGCCCACGCCUCACCCUUCUUUCAGUCCCUACAUUGGCUUCCUGUAAUAUAUAUGGCUCAAUUUAAAAUUCUGGUUCUUGCUUUCAAAUCUCUACAUAAUGCUGCUCCCAAGUAUCUAUCCUCCCUAAUACACAAGUAUUUCCUGUCUUAUGCCCUUACACUUUGCUGAAGACUUACAUCUAUCUUCUGUCCGUACUCCCACCUCUGAUGCUCAUCCUUCAAGACUUCACGAGGGCUGCACCGUUCCUGUGGAACUCACUUCCCUCCUCCCUUAGAUGUUACCUCAGUCUCCACUCCUUCAAAAAAAUCAUUAAAAACCCACUUCUUCAUAAAAGCGUAUUAAACUGUAAAUAGCUCCCGACUGAUUCCUCUCUUGCAACUGUCAUUAGUCUCAUACUAGCCUUACCUUUUGUGUCACUUUACCCCACUCCCUCUAGCAUGUAAGCUCAUUGAGCAGGACCCUCAACCCCUCUGUUUCUGUGCAUCCAACUUGUCUGGUUACAACUACAUGUUUAUUCGUCCACCAACUGUAAAGUGCUGUGGAAUUUGUUGGCCCUAUAUAAAUAAGAUAAUAAUAAUAAUAAUAUUGCAGGGUUAAGAGAACACUGCACCCAGAUCACUUCAUUGAGAUGAAGUGGUCUGGGUGACUAUUGUGUUCCUUUAAAUUAAGUCUAUUUGAAAUCACUAGUUGGUAAGAUUUAAAUCAUUAUUUUUAAAGUUACUCAUUCUUGCUAGUUGUUAUAAUCUAUGGAACAGUCUGUCUCCCCCAAUCAGAUUUUUAAAGUCCACCUCUCUAGAAUAGCUGAUAGACUCCAAGCAUAACUACUAUUACUCUAACAUUACCCAUUUCACUCUCCCCUUCCAAUUUUGCUACUUUCUCAUCGUGUCCGUUCCAUCCCUUCACUCUACCCUUCUUAUUUUGUCUUUAUAAACCAAUUCCUGUAGGAUGACUCAUUGUUCCUAUCAAAACCUGUAAAAGUUUCUCACUUCUUAAAGGACCACUCUAGGCACCCAGACCACUUCAGCUUAAUGAAGUGGUCUGGGUGCCAGGUCCUUCUAGGGUUAACCCAUUUUUUCAUAAUUAUAGCAGUUUCAGAGAAACUGCUAUAAUUAUGAAUGGGUUAAGCCUUCCCCCUAAUCCUCUAGUGGCUGUCUCAUUGACAGCCACUAGAGGCGCUUGCGUGCUUCUCACUGUGAAAAUUACAGUGAGAGCACGCCAGCGUCCAUAGGAAAGCAUUGUAAAUGCUUUCCUAUGAGACCGGCUGAAUGCGCGCGCAGCUCUUGCCGCGCGUGCGCAUUCAGCCGGCGGGGCGUAACGGAGGCGGAGAGAAGGAGGAGAGCUCUCCGCCCAGCGCUGGAAAAAGGUAAGUUUUUACCCCUUUCCCCCUUCCAGAGCCGGGCGGGAGGGGGUCCCUGAGGGUGGGGGUACCCUCAGGGCACUAUAGUGCCAGGAAAACAAGUGUGUUUUCCUGGCACUAUAGUGGUCCUUUAACGUGCCUUUAAUAGUAUAAGAAAGCGCUACAGACUUUAGCGCUUUAUAAAUGCCAAUAAUAAUUCCAUGCUAUCACAGACUAAUGCCUAAAGGCAGUGUAUUUGCAUGCAAUAUUCUUUCUGAUAAUGUACAUUAAGAGUUGUGCAGAGUGGGAUUAUAACUUAUCUUGAAACCACUAAAUUAAAUACAGUAACAUUGCAGAAUACUGCAGAACAGAUUGGCCCUAUAACAUUAAAACCUACCUCUGUGGUUAGGGGGCCAACAUCUGCUGUGUCUAAGCAUGGAUGUGUUGGUUUGAACCAUGCUUGCCAAAAACUGUUAGACAUUUCAAUGCCAGGCUUCUAAGAUUCCAUUGUGUUGUCUAAGUGCAUUUUUUUUUUUUUUUAAACUGAUCUAUUGAAAGCAGUAAUGCUGCAUUUUUAUCCGAUAUUUCAGUGGGGAGCCUAAUUUGACCUCACUCUCUCAAAUCUCUUCUCAUACUGGUGCUUACACCAGCAAGUUUUCCAGCAUAUUUCCUUCCAAGGUCAAUUGCUUAUUCAUUGCAGGUCAGGAAAUUCUGGCUACACGAUUAAGAGACACGCGCACCCUCAAAAAAAAAAAAAAGUAUUUUCCUUUUAAUAGCUUUUAGAUUAAAGGGACAGCUUAAUGUAGUUGUUCUGGUGAGUAUAGUCAGUCCCUGCAGGCAUUCAGUAGUAAACACUGAGGAAAAAAGGCAGUGUUUACAUUACAGCCUAGGGACACCUCCAGUGGCCACUACUCAGAUGGAUUCUAGAGGUACUUUCUGGGGCAGUGUCUCCACUCUCUGCAUGAUUUAUUCAAUCUAUCUCUGAGGAGUUGCGGAUUGGACAGUGUGGGUUUGGCUCUGCCCCUGCACCCACCUCCUUGGCAAUCCUUUACUAUAGGAAAGCAUUGUGAUUGGCUCACAUCAUGACUUCUGAUCAAGGGCAGAGCCAGUACCAGUAGACUGGAAUAAAGGUAAGAUUGUACUAUGUUUAGAGGAGCCAGAUGGUAGAUAAUGGUUUUUAACGAGAUAUAGUCCACGAUCCUGCACUGACAUUUGUAGUUAAGUGCCACGGUGCUCUUUCAGCCAAAUCCACAUAAAUCUCCACGUAGAAAGGCACAUCAUCCCGAUGAAAGUCCUAUGAUGGACUGAAACAUUGAUUUUGCUGUAACCAAUGAGUUAUAAAUAAAGACAAAUAAUUUUCUUCAAAAAGCCCAGCGUGUGCCUUUCUUCGUGGAUAUAUAUAUAUAUCUAUCUCUCUAUCUAUAUCUAUCUAUCUCAGAAAUACGUAUUCCUUUAAGAAUUAUUCUAAACACCAUGACCACGUCAGUGUUUUGAUGUGGUUAUGGUGCUUGGAGUCUGUAUGCACAAACAGUUUUAACACAGUUUUCCUGUGGUUUAACUACACCUCCAGCAUAGUUAUUAGGGCAUCAUUAGCCAGCCAAGAAUAAGAGUUCCAGGCUUGCUAAUGUCCAAUUCUGUGCAUAGAUCAAUGCACAAACAAGCUUUCAUUGGCUGAGAGCGAUCAGCUGACACUCUCAGCCAUUGAAUGAGUGGCAGGAUUAGCAUCCAGCUUCUGAAGCACUAAAAAAUCUAGAUGUUGUAAGCCUGUGGCAGAGGAGACUGGAUGGAGUCUCAGGUAACAAACUGUUGUAAAAGAUGGUGGUCUCACUGCAGCCUGUACCUCCUUUAUUGAAGUAAUCGGUCAAGAUGACUUUUGAUGAAUCAGAUGCUUUAAGGACUUAUGAUUGUGCUCCGCAGUCUCCACAAUCUACCUACCCAGUGCUAGUCUAUAAGAAGCAUUGGAUGGACACCGUAUCCCACAACAGCAAGAUUGUAAGGGCAGCAUCCAUGCCUCCAAAUAAUUUCUUUUAGGUCAUUAUUUUGAAGAUUAGACUAUCCCUUUAACGUUGAAGCCUUUUAAACGCAGGUUGCAUUAAAGGGACAGCUCAUUGAAGUGGUCUGGUUGUAGUGUUCCAGCACUCUUAAGAGGUAAUUAUUGCAGUUUUUUUUAUACUCUGCAAUAAUUACCUGCUAAGGUUAACUCCUUCUCUAGUGGCUGUUUACCAGACAGCCACAAGAGGGACUUCUGGAUCCUAAGAUGACUUUUGGCCGCCUAACUGACGCUGGACGUCCUCACGCUAUGCAAUGCCGGAAUCCCCAUAGGAAAGCAUUGAAUGAUAGUUUCCUAUGGGGAAAUCCUAAUGUGAAUGUGGAGCGGAGGUGGAUCAGAGCCAGCGCCAAGGAACAUCGACGCUGGACCUAGGUAAGUGACAGAAGAGGUUUUAAAGGGGUGGGGGAGGGGGGGCUGGGCACUAUAGGGAGCUAUAGUGCCAGGAAAACAGAGGUUUGUUUUCCUGACAGUAUAGAUUCCCUUUAAAUUAUUAAUCAAUUGUAGGGCUACUUAAAGAUUUCAGCAUCUGCUUGUCUACAAAUAACAGACCUAGGUAUUAAAAUAUAUUGCAGUUUGUGCAUGUAUUUCCUUCACCUCCAGUUUAUAAUCUUCUGCUGCUGUACUUGAUUAAAAAUAAAAUAUAUAUUCAAACUGGUAGUUUCCCUGGAGUGCAGAUUAAACUAUUACAACUUUUACCUUUUAUAUAAUCAAGUAACUUUACCUCCUGUACUGUUGGGCAUAUCAUAUGCUGGCUGUGCGCCUGUACAUUGAUCCUAGUAAUCCUAUGCUCCGAUACUACCCCUGCUGUCAAAAGUGUGUUUGCAGUUUCUCAUUUACACUUGAAUUAUUGUCAUGCUUUUUCAUGUAAUAUUUAAUAAAGACGUAAUUUGAAGAAUUGGAUUGGUUUUGUAUUCUUUUAUUGCCAGGUUUUUACCACUUUUGUGUACAUUAAAAUAGUUUUCCUUUGUCUUACAGAUGCUGUAAUGAAUGGGGACUAUUAUCAGGUAAUGAAAGGUGUUUUUGUUUUGCUUUAUUUCGGUGUCUGUUUUUACUGAAAUACUUUAAAAGCAAAUGCCUCCUUGAGAUAAGCCUCAUUUCCAGUCUAGGCUUUGGUCCACAGCAACAUGGAUCUAUCUACUAAGCUCUUGUCUUUAGAUAGUUUGUGGAUUCUGACCAACAUUAUAGAGAGAGAUUGUUUGAGACACAUAUUGGUGUCUUUGUGUCCUUAAACCUCAUAUCCUGUGUACUUGUUUUGCCAUUCAGUUCAAGAUAAAAGUUCAACCAUCUUUUUUGAAUCUGUGCUUUUGAAAAGAAGUUAACUCUAUAAACCUGUUUGCCACCAGUGGCAUUAGUCCUACAAUUAAAAAUCCUCUGUGUGACCUGAAGAUAUAUAGUUGUUCUGUAUACUAAGCAGACUAGUCUAUGAAACGCUUAAAGGGAAACGCAUCAAGGAUUAUAUAGAUGCAUUGUUUAGUGAGACUGCGUGCAGCUACAGGAUGGCCCAUUUGUACCAGCAAGGGACACUCCAAUUAGGAGCAUCUCAUUUUGGUAUGUGGGGGCUAUUUUAUUCUUUAAACCUCUUUUGUAACAGGAGUCUAAGACACACGGUUUGUCCUAAGAAUUACUCUCAAGCUUUAUGAUGAGUAGAACUUUCCUGUAAACUGAUGGCUGGUACCAGUAUAUAGUCAGUCAGUUCACUGUUUAGUUACCUAUUCUGUACCUGUAUUUUGCAAAGUUUCUAUCAUUGCCCGAGCUGUGUGUGAGGGGUUCAACUUUGAUAUUGUUAACUGUAUGCUAGAUUAAAAAGCACACUGUACAAUAAUAUUAGGGGUAAUAGGAAUGCUUGUUGUACAGUAUGUAUGCAGAGUGCAUGCAUAGUUUGUGUAAUUUAUAAGAGUGUUCAUUACUCAAUGUACUGUAGGGUUUAGAGUAAUACAAUGGAAAGAGAUCCUCAGUAGCUACUUCAAGCAUCUAAUAAAUGUGGCUCCAUGCCAUAGCUAUUUCUGUAUUGCAACAUUUUGACCAUGUUGAAUUCAUAGUACAUUCCAAUUACUACGCUUGCUGGCUUUGGUUGGAUGCCUCAAGCAAAUGGUGUUCCCCUUUUAAGUAUUUAGAUUAAUAAAAUACUACUAGGUAGAGCCAAAUUAUUUGAAAUGAAUCUGCAGUUUCAGAAAAGAACACACCAUGUAUAUAUAGUAAAGGGACUGCUAGGAUGGAGUUCACCUUUUCUUACAUAGCAAUGGUUCCCAAACCAGUGGUUAAGGCACUCCUACCAGUCCAGGAAUUAGGGAUGGGGAAAAAAAAAAUACCUUACCACAAAUGGGUAAUCCCUAAAUCCUGGACUGGUAUGGGUGUCUUGAGAACUGGUUUGGGAACCACUGUUGUAUAAAAUGGAAAAAAUAGCAGAAACUGUACAUUUAUAUUUAAAAUAAGAUAUUUGAAGUUCCAGCAUUUGCUACGUAUUCCCCGGCUUUGUAAAUUCUGCAGUGAGCAAUCUCCAAACCAAGGAGUGAUUCAGAUAGCAGCAGGUCUUUAGGCUAUCAUACUAAGUUCAUCCCCCAGAUGUUUUUCUGGGAAGAAGAAGAAUCGCAUAAUUUACUAUAACAAAAAGGUAACACUGCAGUUUUAGCAGGGUAAGCAGAAAGGGAAUGAACUUAAGGGCUAAAAUAACUUGCUGUAACCUAAUCUGCACAUUGCACCUAGUGUGUGUCUAGAGUGAUCCUUUAACUGCUGCCUUUUUUCUUGUUUAGGAAUCUAAUGGACCAACUGAUAGCUAUGCAGCAAUAUCCCAAGUUGAUAGGUUACAGGCUGAGCCUGAAAGCAUUCGAAAAUGGAGGGAAGAACAAAGAAGCCGUUUGGAAGUACUUGGUUAGUGCUCAUUUUCGUUGAGAAUAAAAUAUACUGUAUAUUAAAUCUUAUUUUAUGGUGUUGAGUUUUGGGAUGUUAUGAAUCUAUAAAUAUAUAACUUAAAUUUCUAAAAUUGCUAACUUAUCGCUAACACAUCAUAAAUAUUCAGAUUUUUUUUUUUUUUUUUUUAUGUUGUGAUUUCACAUUUGUGAUAUAUUAAAAUAAUAUAUCUAAAGAACUUUCAAAACAGUCUAGUAUAAAAUAAGUUACAAACACUUCCAUCCAUGAUAGUGAUGCACCGAAAUGAAAAAUUCAGGAUGCCCUUGGCUGAAAACCAAAACCGAAAAUGACUUUUUUUUUUUUUCAAAUGCAUUUUAAAAUAGUUUUUUCUAUAAUUUUAUUAAUAUUAGACCUUUUGUCAGCAACUUACAGUGAAUUUUAUAAUUUAGGCUAUAAUAACUAAACUAGGAGAAAAAAACAACAAAAAACAAUUGUUUUCAGUUUGGCUAAUUUGGCCUAUAAUAAGAAAAUCAGUUUAAUUUCACUUUCAUUUCCUCACAAUUGACAGCUAAUUAAUAGCCCUGAAUUUAUUACUAGGUCAAAGAGGUAGCUGUUGUAAAACUGCAACUCUGACUAUGCUCUGUGAGCCUAAAGGGUGAGAAAGCAUGAUAGGAGUUGUAGUUCUGCAGCACCAGUCGCUGCAGGUUCUACAUGUGCUGUCCAGAUUUGGCCCUCUCACCCCCCGCUGUUAAAUAACCUUGCCGGGAAGCUGAGCUGGUGGUCCUCCCCUCGGCCCUCCGAUGCUGCAUGCUCUACGGGACUGCUUCACAGGCAGCGUCUGUCUUCAAGGCUGCGACACCUGCCAGAAAGCAAACUGCAACAUAGGGGUUACAAACACUAGAGAACGCAGCUCAUAGCUUGUCCUGUACCGGUUUUUCUUCCGUGUGCUACUUUCUCUGGUGUUUACAACUCCUGUGCACCACGUUUGAUGGUCAGAUAAGUAGUGUGUGUAUGUAUGUGUGUGUAUAUAUGUAUGUAUGUGUGUGUGUAUAUAUGUGUGUGUGUGUGUGUGUGUGUGUGUAUGUAUAUAUGUAUGUAUAUAUAUAUAUAUAUAUAUAUAUAUAUAUGUGUGUGUAUAUAUAUAUAUAUAUAUAUAUAUAUAUAUAUAUAUAUAUAUAUAUAUAUAUAUAUAUAUAUAUAAACACACACACGGCAGCUCACUGUGCUCCGUUUCUUAUUGUGGGACAACUGAUGUUGGGUACUGCGCUGCUAAAAGAAAAAAUAACCUGCCCUGGAGGUGGAGGGGUGUAAUUUUCGGCACAUUUGGCCCAUUUUCGACUGGAAAUUUCUGCAGCCGAAAAUUCGGUGCAUCCCUAAUCCAUAAGAAUUUCCUCUCAAUAAAAGUGUAAAACACUCCAAACACUCUGUUCCUGCUAAUUCCAUUAAUUUUAGCACUUUGUCUAAAAUUACCGUAUUUUUCGCUCCAUAAGACGCACCUCACCAUAAGACGCACCUAGUUUUUAGAGGAGGAAACCCAGAAAAAAAAAUAUUCUGAACAAACUGUUCCAUAGUGUUUCUUACCAUGGGACAGUUUGUUCAGAAUAUUUUUUUUUCUCCCCUGUCCCAUAAUGAUCUUUAACCCCCCCUUUCCUCUGUCCCAUAGUGAUUGUUAACCCCUCCUACCCUGUCCCAUAGUGAUUGUUAACCCCUCCUACCCUGUCCCAUAGUGUUCUUUAACCCCUCCUCCCCUUGUCCAUUAGUGUUCUGAUCCCAUAGUGUCCCCCCCUCCGAUUGUCCCAUAGUGCACUUUCCCUCCCAUAGUGUCCCCCCCUGCCCUUGUCCCAUAGUGUCUCCCCCUCCCCUUGUCCCAUAGUGUCUCCCCCUCCCCUUGUCCCAUAGUGUCCCCCCUCCCCUUGUCCCAUAGUGUACCCCCUCCCCUUGUCCCAUAGUGUCUCCCCUCCCUUUCUCCCAUAGUGUCCCCCCUCCCCUCCCUCCCCUUGUCCCAUAGUGUCUCCCCUCCCUUUCUCCCAUAGUGUCCCCCUCCCCUUGUCCCAUAGUGUCUCCUCCCCUCCCCUUGUCCCAUAGUGUCUCCCCCUCCCCUUGUCCCAUAAUUACUUACCUGUCUUGGAGCGUGGGCCGGCUUCACAGCGCGCUCCGCCGUCCAGGAACUAAUAUUUCAGGUUCCGGUUUCCGGCGGGACUGAAAGGAAGUGUGCACACUUCCUUUCAGUCCCGCCGGAAACGGAACCUGAAAUAGAAGUUCCUGGACGGCGGAGCGCGCUGUGAAGCCGGCCCACGCUCCAAGACAGGUAAGUAAAUCUUCACAUUCGCUCCAUAAGACGCACAGACAUUUCCCCUCACUUUUGAGGGGAAAAAAAGUGCGUCUUAUGGAGCGAAAAAUACGGUAUUUAUUUAUUGUAUACUAUUUAAAACAAAGCUGUCCUUACUAUUUUCAUAAUAGAAUCUCUGGAGAAACCUAACAAAAGUUAUAUGUAAGAUAUAGUGGUGUCUCCUUUGUCCUGUUUGAGUUUUUUUUUUUUUUUUUUUUUUUUUAAAUGUGGCCAAAGAGAGGGCUUCUUACUACUUCAACUGCCGUAUUUUGUCUUUCCCAUGAGCUGUCAACAGUUUAUGAAAACAGACUUCAUCUCCCCAGUAGACAUUAUGGAACCAGACACGUCGUCUUAAGGGAGUUUUUUUUUUUCCCCUUCCUUCCCAUAACUGUCUAGAUCCCACAAGUGACAGUGAUCCCUUUUUAUAAAUCUCCCCUGCAGUGUUUAAUUGCACAUUGAUAUUGUAAGCCGAACUUAUGGUCCUUUCAUUUUGAUGGUACUGAAAUGAAUUGUCGUAGCAUCCUUUUCAGUAAUUUUGAACAUCUGAAAUGUUUGUGAUCUCUCCAGAUGCUAACUCUGUAAAACAAGAAUCUGAGUGGAAAGAGAAGGCUUCCAAGGAGCUGGAUGAGUGGUACGCCAGGCAGGACGAAUUGUUACAGAAGACCAAAGCAAAUAAUCGGUAACAAUCCUAAAAGAGACAUAGUGUUCGCUGCACAGGCACUGCACAUUGCACUCCUGCCAAGUUCUGUUUUUUCUGGAUGAAAGUAACACAUUUUACUAGUUUUCCUUUAUUUAACAGGGUGUUGUAAGAAAUGCCUAAUGUGCGCACAGCAUUGGUGUUUAAAGGGUCAAUUUUAACCUUUAAGUGCCACGCGGGCAGUGUGACAGUAUGGUGCUACGUAAAAGACAGUGGUUCCUGCAUGGACUUAAUUUUCUGUUUUGUUUUUUUUAUUAUUAUUUUAUACAUCUUCUGCUCUUUUUCAUGUUUCUAGAUUUUAGUGCCUCAUAAAACCAAAUAUUUAUCCCCUCAAGGACCAAUGACCAAUAUUUGAUAUCACAGGUAGUCCAUAAAUAUGGAAUGUGCGGUUUAUUUAGCAUUUACAGCUAUAUACUGCCCUGUCACUGUUAAAUGAGCAUCACUACAGUCUUGGUCGAGCUCAAAUCUUUGCUUUGAACACUGCUAUUCUGUCUGUUCUUAAGGGGUUACAGCGAACAUUUUGUUCUCCAGUAAGUAUUGUAAAGUGAAAUCUCUUUUUGAUGAUCAGGUCACGUAAGCCAUUAUGCCUACUGCUUCUCUGAAUGUCUAUUUUAGGAGUACCAAGUAUAUGUGGCCUCUAGUAUAGUUAAAAAAAACAAAACGCUAUUGGAAAGAGUCGAUUUUGGCUUUUUUUUUUUUUUUUUAAUAUAAUCCUUUAUUCCCUUCCAGAUACUAAAGUGUGAAAACAGAUCUAAACUUUCUAAGAUGCUAACUUUAAAGGGGGAAUCCUGCAUAUACAAAAUUCUGAUUGUGUUUUAUUCUGAUCCAGGGUUGGGCUAUGCAAGUAAUAAUAUUUAGGUCCGUAUGUGGCAGAGCUUUGCAAGUUCCGGGAAAGCCUUUUUAUUUUAUUUAUUUUUUUGUCACAAUACAGAAAUACAGUGUAUUAUGAAUCAAAAUAUAAGCUGAAAUCCACUAUUUUAUGUGGUUUGAAUUUUUUUUUUUUUUUUAAAUGUUGUGAUUUCCCCUUUAUUUAGCCAGUGUUGUAGAAGCUUAUGUUCUAAUCCUUGUUGUGCAUGUUAUCUAAUCUUCUUUGUCAGACUUAAAUCUUUCAUGCUUCUUUUCAAUGCUCUCUCCUUUUUCCUUGCCUGCUUGCCUUCUCUUUGGACUUCUUGCUGUCUAUAGGGUGACAGAUGAAGCCUUCUACAAACAACCCUUCGCUGACGUGAUUGGUUAUGUGUAUGUUGCAAACUUACUAAUUCUUCUAGCUCAUUGUACUUGCUUUGUAUUCUGUUUUCUUUCUUUCUUUUUUAAGUUUUAUUUACAAAAACAAAGUAGCAGUAUACGAGUAAUAAGAGUAUAAUAGUAUUGGUAUUAGGAAUUUUAACCGCAUUAAGUAAACCUUAGGACUGUUCUAAUACUUUUUGACAAAUACCUGUCCUUGAAGUAUUUAAUUUUGACUUCCAAUGCCAUGGGGGGAAAAAACAUAAUCGCCUUAUUUAAUAGGUAAGAUAAACAAUGUGAUGGGGAUUCCAGUCACUUUAAAUGACAUAUGCCUCUUUUAUAGGGGAUAUGGGUUUUGUUUAAAGGGACACUAUAGUCCCCAAAACAAAUUUAGUUUUAAUGAAGCAGUGUAUAUAGAUCAUGCCUCUGCAGUCUCACUGCUUAAUUAUCUGUAAUUUAGGAGUUCAUUAACCCACAGUUGUUUUGGUGACUAUAGUGUCCCUUUAACUAUUUGGUUGCAUUGAGCGCCCUUGUGUUGUGGUGAUUUUACCUUUUGUUUAUUGUGUUUUAUAUUUGCUGUAAAUUAAUUGCAGGAACCCUUUAUAGAUCGAUAAAGACUUUCUCUAGCAGAGCUUCUCCACAGGUUCAUGCAGACAUAUAUGUUAAUAUAGAGAUGUUUUGAACCGAUUUUAGCUUUCUAUUCCUCAUAAACAAUCAAAAAAACAAAGCAGGUUUGUAGCCAGCAGUCUUUAAGAAAUUGACCAUUAUGUUAAUCUCUAAAAUUAUUUACAAAUGUUAUUUUUAUAUAUAGAUAUAGAUAGCUCUAUCUAUCAUUAUAGUCCAUAUUCAUAAAUUUUUGUUUGGGGUUGAAAUGCCAUUCUUAUUUACUUGCUUUUUAUCUGCGAAUGUUAAAUAUGUAGGACAAUUACAUCUCACAGCUGGUUUUGAAAAAUCAGAUUUUGACAUAAAUUGCUAGGCUCUGUCACUGCAAUAUCGCUUUUGAGAAUUUCAUAAACAUAAAAUAUUUAUGGAACAGUCACUUUGGCUGUGUUGGAAUUUUAUUGAAAUUUCAAUUCAUUCAAAAGAUAAAAGGCAAAUUGUGGACUACUUGACAAAAGGCUGUCAAAAUGUCAAUUCCUACACUUGUUGCUAGUGAUGGCAGUUUUAUGAAACUGUCUUCUUCUCAUGCAUCAAGAGUGCUGGGCUCUUACAGAUCCCGCAGUCUUGUUGGAUCUUCCAUAUAUCUCAUCAUUGUACUCUUGUGCAUGUGCAAGAGUAGCAGUGACACUGGCACCUUGCACAUGACACUCCAUGAAUUGAACAAAGAAUAUGGCAGUUCCAGUUAUCUUCCACGAGCUUCACCCUUGGCUGCACACAGACAAUGAUUGUCACCUUUGCGGGUCUUUACAAAAUAUGUAAAGGUCUCAAAGGUGACAAAGCUGUGUUGAUUGAGCUACUGCUUUUUAUUAUUUGAUGGAGAUGUUCCUGUCUGCUCAUUUUGCCUGCUUUGGUUGUGACAUUGUUAGUAAAUGUUACUUAUAUUCUCUAAACGUAAUCAAAAUUAAGUGUGUAAUCUAUUUGUGAAAGUUUGGUAAGUGCAACUUCUCUUGCAUUGCAUUAUCUACUAAUGUUUGGAUAUAAAUGCCUGCAGUUAGAUCUUGUAGUGACCCUAUUUAGGUGUCUCAUUACUAAAUUUUCUUGUAAGGGGGAUCAUGCUCCUACUUUCGAAAACACCCUGACACCUCACAUCUUAGCUCAGGAGAGCCAACAAUGGUUCCUGCUUUGGAGCUUACGACUCUCUGGCGUUGGGAGAGCUGCACCUGGCAGACCCCAAGCAAAAAGUCAAACCAUUAGAAAACUGACUAUUUACAAUGGUGGUCACCAGGGCACUCCUGACACCAUAAAAACUACAGAGAGCUGCAGUGAUUAAGGUGGUUGAAGUGUUCCUUUUAUGCUAUAGCAGUUUAUGUUGGCUCUGCGUACAUGAAUAAUGUAUCAGCACAAAAGACGGUGCUUUCAUAUUUGUAUUUUAAUCUACUGUACUAUUUUGUGCACAACUGGCACAGUACAUGUAGACUUUUCCUCUGUAGCAGGUGAGAUGCAAAUAGUGGCAAAAAUGUUGCAAUUUUAAGCAAAUCUUAUUUUGCUUACAAAACAAAAUUUAAGUAAAAAUCAAGUGUUAUGGACACUCACAAACUAAUUUUACUGUAAGCUAUUCCAUUUUAUUGAUCCAAACUAGAGCACCGGCCUUUAAGGGUUCCUUGACACCUUGUCAGAUCAGCUUCUAUUAGUGUUUAUUGGAACUGAACUGCUUUUGUUAAAUCCUUCAAAAGCACCUUAAAGAAACAAAAUAAAGUAUUAGGAAGACAAACUGAUAUUUCUGCCACUACAGUCUCGUUAUCCCUAUGUAUUUUCAGGUCCCUCCCUCAUGUGCAGUAAGAAAUGAGGCGAAUUAAAGGGACACUAUAGUCACCAGAACAACUACAGCUUAUUGAAUUUGUUCUGGUGAGUAGAAUCAUUACCUUCAGGCUUUUUGCUGUAAACAUUUCUUUUCAGAGAAAAUGCAGUGUUUACAUUACAGCCUAUUGAUAACUUCACUGGCCACUCCUCAGAUGGCUGUCAGAGAUCCUUCCUGGGUCAUGGCUGCCUAAAAUGCAUCCAAACAUUCAGUAUCUCCUCCUUCUGUAUGCAGACACUGAACUUUCCUCAUAGAGAUACAUUGAUUCAGUUAAUCUCUAUGAGGAGAUGCUGAGUGGCCAGGGCCGUGUUUAAAUCAUGCUGGCUCUGCCCCUGAUCUGCCUCCUUGUCAGUCUCAGCCAAUCCUAUGGGGAAGCAUUGUGAUUGGAUCAGGUCACCCCUUCUGAUGAUGUCAGAGGAAGUUCACAGGCAGAGGCAGCAUCUUCAGACUUUAAAGGGACACUCCAGGUACCCAGACCACUUCUGCCCAUUUGAGUGGUCUGGGUGCCAGCUCCCACUACACUUAACCCUGCAAGUGUAAUUAUUGCAGUUUUUUAUAAACUGCAAUAAUUACCUUGCAGGGUUAACUCCACCUCUAGUGGCUGUCUGUUAGUGUUUUCACCCCUUCAGCAACCGGGGAUUGGUGGGUGGAAGGGAGAGGGAACCUGCAGUGCCAGAAAAACGGAUUGUUUUCCUGGCACUGGAGUUUCCCUUUAAUACAAGUAAACUUUUACUAUAUUUUUAGGGACGCAAAGGGGGCUAGAUAGUAGUUAACACUAUAGGGUCAGGAAUACAUGUUUGUGUUCCUGACCCUAUAGUGCUCCUUUAAAGUUUUUACUUUAUGCUUUCUGGGCAUUGCUUCCCAAUAUCUAAUCCACUGCUCCUUGUAGAGGAGCUUUGGGGAUCCAAAGUGCAUACGAUGCACGUGCAUCCAAGCUUCACCAUAGGAAAGCAUUGAAUCAGUGCUUUUCUGUAGGAGCUUCCGCUUCACGUUACAUUUUUUUACUCUGUCAGUGCCGCAGAAGGGAAAUUGUAUAUGUUGCAGUGUUUUUUUUUUUUGUUUUUUUUUUUUAAAUAUUGCAAGGUUAAAAUGUCAGAACUACUACACCCAGGCCACUUCAUUGCGAUAAAGUGACCUGGAUGACUUUAGCGGUCCUUUAACAGACACAAUAUCCUCUAGUCAAGUAAGUGAUUCCAUGUGAUAAUGGAAACAGUGGUUUAUCAUUCGUUCACAAGGUGGAGACAUCUUGCAUAAACCUGUGCUUCUAUCUUAUUGAACAUGAAACAAUACACUGUAGUAUUAUUAUUGAGUACUAUUGAAAAUCUUUUUAUAUUUCUUGACUGCAAAGGUGGAAUUCUAGAUGUACGGUAACUGUAGUGAUUUCUUCAAUUGGUACUCUGAUCAUUAGUGGAUUGCAAUUUAGGAAUUGCCACAUUUUAUUCCAAUGGAUUGUGUUAAUUUGGUACAGUAUUAGAUGUUGUUGCCUUGUCUUUGAUCAACAUUGUAUUCGGUAGAAUUUCACUCACAUUGUUUCCACCUAAACGUUUGUGCAGCCACUGUGCCAUUGUCAUAGGAAAUCAGUGCAAGCUAAAUGUCGAACUGCAUGUCCUGCUUACCAUCAACAUUGCGUUCAUUUUUCAUUUUCUAUAUCUGACUUAAAAUGUUCGUGUUUUUUGUUUUGUUUUUUCCUCCUCUUCUCUUCACCUAUAAGCACAAACAUAAACCAUCCUUGCUACAGCCUAGAACAGUUAAGUAAAAUCUUCUCACUGCUGCAUUCCCCUCCUAAACCUGUCUGUCCAAUGAUUAGUGCUAGUGUGUAGUGAUCUGUCCAAGGUGAUGGUGCUUACUUAACCCUUUGUGUGCCGAAGGGUUGAGCAACACACAUAGCUACACACCUCCUGUGCACUUAAAUGUGCAAGAAAUCCCAUCCUACAUAAUGUAGUUCUUCCUUACCCAUAUUCAUAUUUCUUUUAUAUUUCCUUUUCUUAAAUUUCAUGUUGCUUUUGCUGUUCAUCUUGUUAUAAGCACCCAAACUGCUAAUGGCUUAACAAAUUUGCAGUGUUUUGCAAAUUGUGAGCUACUAUUGGAUAUAUAAAAAUUGGCAUAUUUCCAGAAUGGGACUUCUGCACAAUCUAGAUCUAGUGUAGUAAAAAUCUGUGUUACUAGAUUAUAGUGCACCAAAUUAGACUAACUGCUUGAUAUUAGCUAUUGUGUUGGUAGCAAUGGUUUUCAAGCUUGCCUUAUGGCUUUGCCUGUCUUUUCAAAAGUAGUAGUUUUCAUUUGUGAAUGAUUUAGAGAAACUCUUCUAGAAAACGGUUUGAAUCCUUUUAAAUGCAUCCUACCUCUUCCCUCUCUGUAACCUAAAGACUUGUUAAUGAUGAAAUCGAAUAUCAAAAAUGGGAGGUUUUGAUGGGUCUGUGUUUAGAAAUGGUAACAUGUAUCAAGAUGUGGAACUUGCUGUGGUUAUGCUUGGUAAAUAUUGCUUGAUGGUUAUUCUCAAAGGAUUUGCUAGUAUGAAAAACCUAAGCAAGUCAUAAUAUGGGCUAUUUUUUUAAAUGUAUCAAAAAAAGGAAUAUAGGCACACAAAAAAGAAUAAUAAAAAAUUAAACAUAGCGGUCCCACUUUUACUAAGCGUUGUUGUUGUUGGUUUAUUUUGUGAAGUAUACUUUAAUUAAUAAAUAUAUAUAUAUAUAUAUAUAUUUAUUAGUGCAUACACUGUCCUAGUAUCUGACACCUGUACGUAGCAUUUAAAUUUCACAAUUUUUGUUGGCAAAGUUCAUAUUUUGUAGGAACUAGCCUAAUCUUUGAAAUAUUUCUCUAGUUAUUUGACCCAGAUAUUUCUUAUACAACUUAGUGGUCCUAACAUACUGUUUCAUAAGGCAGUAUACUUUCCAAAAAUUGUGACUGCUAGAAUUGUUCACAAACAUAGGCAAGUUGUAAGUACCAGUAUCUUGUUUAAAAUCUGGAUCCAGGUACUAUACUACAUAGUUCCCAUCACAUAUACUACACAUGUGUGACACACAGCCUCUGCAUCUCACACAAUACUUAUGGUACUCGUGGUGUCUUUGCCAAAGACUUGUCUGCUUGUGUGCAGUGUUAGCUUUGUCGACUAAAACAAUUCAGAUUACUAAAAUACGACUAAAAUGGCAUUUUAGUCAAAAGACUGGGACUAAAACUAAAUAAAAAAUUUCUGCCAAAAUUAAAGGAACACUAUAGGCAUCCAGACCACUUCAGCUUAAUGAAGUGGUCUGGGUGCCAGGUCCCUCUAGGGUUAACCCUGCCUGCUGUAAACAUAACAAUUUCAGAGAAACUGCUAUGUUUACAAAUGGGUUAAUCCAGCCUCUAGUGGCUGUCUCAUUGACAGCUGCUAGAGGUGCUUCCGCGCUUCUCACUGCGAUUUUCACAGUGACAAGACGCCAGCGUCCAUAGGAAAGCAUUGAGAAUGCUUACCGAAGGACUGACUGCGCGCGCGCGCGGCUCUUGCAUCGCAUGUGCAUUCAGCCGGUGACGUCAGAAGAGGGAGGAGAGUCCCCAGUGCCGAGGGAGCCCGGUGCUGGUGUUUAGCACCCCGCCCCCCCCUUCAGCCCGGCGGAUGGGGGCACCUGCAGGGCACUAUAGUGGCAGAAAAAAGCGUUUUCCUGGCACUAUAGUGUUCCUUUAAUACUGCACAGAGGGACUGUGGAAGGGACAAAAGAGUCAGACCAGGGCUUUGGAGAGAGACACCUAGAGGUGCUGGAAGGACACAAAGAGAAACAGAGGGACUGGGGAAGGGGCAAAUGAGACAGAGGCUUUAACUAAACCCAUUAGGUUUUAGUCAUGUAGACUAAAAUAUACUGGAGAUUUUGUUGACUAAAACAAUUCAGAUGACUAAAAUACGACUAAAACUAAAAUUACUUUUUGUCAAAAGACUGACUAAAACUAAAUUGAAAUUUGCUGCCAAAAUGAACACUGCUUGUGUGGUGGUGCUGGUAGAAGGAAGAAGCUGACUGAAGCAUAUUUAAUAGUUUGGUGGUUGGCAAGUCAAUCACUUAAUGUGUGCUACACAUGAGUCAUGCAAUGCUGUCAUCUGACCACAUCUAUGAUUAGCAGGCCACAAUAAGCAGAACAUUGCAGUGAAAAACACUUGCAGGAUUGCCAGGUGCAAAUUUUUUGACAUUAUGGUCAUUUUGGAGUUAACUCUGUAACCAUCUACCUCCUACAUAGAACAAUUUACAUUUAUUGAGGAGGAUGGAACUCUAACAUUGUUAAAAUAAAUAUCUAGUUAGUAUUCCACUUGGUUACUGGAGAUCUUAAUUGCUGCAGCACUUAGAUUUGUACAAGUAUUACUACAUUAGGUUUUUACUGCAUUUUUUUUUUAAACUGUAAUUCUGAUUAUCUACUUGCUACUUUUUGUAGGGCUGCUGAGGAAGCUUUUGUGAGCGACGUUGAAGAAACAACUCCCGGCACAGAGUGGGAGCGUGUAGCUCGCCUUUGUGACUUUAACCCCAAGUCUAGCAAGCAGGCUAAAGAUGUUUCCCGCAUGCGUUCCGUGCUGAUUACUCUAAAGCAGGCUCCACUGGUUCGCUGAAAUGAGAACACAAGAAGAACGUGACACUUCCGAUAUUUUAAUCUGUACUCAGAGGAGCUAUGUUUGAAAUUUGGUUAUUUUACCAAUUUUUUUUUUUUUUCUUUCUUUUUCCCCUUUCCCUAACCCCAAUCUUCUGGACCAAACACCUAUUGUAUUUGAUAUUGAUCAUUGUGUGUGAUUGGAAAUCUGUCUAAUUUCUCCCUUGUACUUAGUUAGACAUGAGAUUUGGGACUCAACCUGUCUCAGUCAUAGUCUCACAGUGUUCUUCUGCAUCAUACUAAUUCUCAUCAGUUUUGGAUUUGUGGAUAAACGCUUGUAAUAGUGAUAUGAACAAUCUACAAACAGUAGCAUCAUUACAAAUGUAUUCUGUAUUCCAGGUUACAUUUUGUCAAUGUCCAACUUCUAUGGAAGUCCUUCAUAUCAUAAAUGAUAUAUUCCUAUAAUUAAAUAAAAAUAUAAAAAAAGUUUGCUUGGCAUUCACCAUGCAUUUUGUUUACAAAUUAUGCUAUCCUCACUAAAAACUGAGACACUCCACAUCUUGACUUAAAAAUAAACUGAGCAAAAUAUGUAGGAAAAAAAAAUUAAGAAUGUUUACUUUGCUAAACAGAAGGAAAAUUUUCGUAUGAAAAUAAUUUUGUGCUUUCUAAUAAUAAAGUGGGAAUAUGUAACAAGGAUUAAUAAACAAAGUAAUGUUAUCCCACCCAUCUUGGGUGCAGGCGAGCAGAAUAAAUGUUAGAAAAU